CCUCACCAAUUGCUUGUCUCUUCUUCCAAAGUGACCACCUUUGAACCCCAUUUCCUUUUUAAGCCCUCCACUAUAUUAUUGCACUAUAACAUAGUGAAAUAGCAAGACCAAGAAGAAGGAGAAGGAGAAGAAGAAGAAGAAGAAGGAGAAGAAGAUGGGAGAUUGGGGUCCAGUUUUUGUGUCAGUGGUGCUUUUCAUUCUGCUGACUCCAGGGCUUUUGGUUCAGAUUCCAGGAAGAGGCAGCUUCAUAGAGUUUGGAAACUUCCAAACAAGUGGCUUAUCAAUAUUGAUCCAUGCUAUCUUAUACUUUGCCCUUGUUUGCAUCUUCAUGUUAGCAGUUGGAAUUCACAUGUACAUGGGCUAAGUCGUCAUCAUCAUCAUCAUCGUUAUCCCAUGUAUACACUUUAGUAUAUACUUUUCUUGUUUUGCUUCUGUCUCCUUUCUGUUUAGGGAUGUCACUUCUUUUCCUUGUAACGCCCUUUUUUCUUCAUCUUUCAAUAAAUUUCUUGGAAUCAAGCUUCUGAAUUAAUUAAUGAGAAAAACUCAGUUUUUGAUGCAUCA